AUGCUCAAGCUCAAGCUCUGGCAAAGAUCCAAGCUCAGAGAGAGGCGAUUUGAAGAAAACGGUGGGAUACUGUUAGUGGAAAGGCUCUUAGAGUUUGGUGCACAUGAUCACUCUUCCCCUCCUAUAAAGAUAUUCAACGAGAAAGAAAUCAAGACAGCGACUAAAGGCUAUCACAAGACCAGAAUUCUUGGUGAGGGAGGGCAAGGAGUUGUAUUCAAAGGCAUUUUGCCAGACAGCGUUGAAGUUGCCAUAAAAAAGGCUGUAGAUGGGGUCGGCAACCAGGUUUCACAGUUUAUCAAUGAGUUGGUCCUCCUUUCGCAAAUAAACCAUCCACACGUUGUCAGGCUUAUAGGUUGCUGCUUGGAAACACAAGUGCCCCUCUUGGUCUACGAGUAUGUGUCUGGUGGAACUCUCUAUGACAACUUGUUCUCUUCUUCUCUGCCUUGGUCGGACCGAUUGAGGAUUGCUGUGGAGAUCGCUGAAACUCUAUCAUUCCUCCACUUCUCUUGUCCUGUCCCGAUAGUUCACCGGGACGUGAAGCCUGCGAAUAUCCUCUUGGAUGCAAUGUUAUCUGCCAAAUUAGCGGAUUUUGGACUUGUUCCUGCAAACACUGACCAGAUCACAACAUUAGUACAAGGAACCAAAGGUUACUUGGACCCCGAGUAUUUGCAAACCACCUCACUCAGCGAGAGAAGUGAUGUUUAUAGCUAUGGUGUGGUUCUGAUGGAGCUGGUGACAGGGGAGAAGGCCCUCUGCUUUACUCGGCCACAGGGUCAAUAUCAUCUGGUGAAUCACUUAGGAGCUGCUCUGAGAGAGAAUCGGUUAAGUGAAGUUAUGGACCAGACAGUGGUGAACGCAGAGAACCAAGGAGAGCUUUAUCAAGCAGCAUUGUUGGCGAUCAGGUGCACCAGAGUCAAAGGAGAGGAGAGACCAGAUAUGAGACAAGUAGCUGCAGAGCUUCAAGGUCUGAGAGCUCCUAGGGAAGACAUGCCGAGUCCAUCUUUUUCAGCGCUUGAAAUUGAAGAAACUAACCCUGGGGAAGACGUGUCUGGUCCAUCUCUGUCCGGGUUUGAGAUUGAAGAAAUUAGCUGA